AUGAAAAUGCAGUUGAAGAAAUGGUGGAGGGUGCUAGCCUACAAAUGGCACCCAAGGCGCCAUGAGAACUAUAGUUUGGAAUUGUCGGGGUUUGGGGAGACCCCUGACAAUUCACACCUUAAAAGGGAUUUUGGGGCACCCUUUCACGUGGACAAAUCGAAGACAAGGAGAGGAUUGGUGAAGGAGAGGCUUGACUGCUAUUUAGUUGGGAUGGAAUGGAAGUUGAAGUUUCCAAAUUCAGUGGUGCACAGGCUCACAGAGUCAGGCUCGGAUCAUGCUCCACUUUUGAUGGAAACCGAACCUCAAUCCUGGCAUAGUAAAAGGCGGUUUAAAUACCAGGAACGUUGGUGUGGAGAAGAGGAUGUUAAGAGAAUUGUCAGUGAAGUGUGGAAAAUGAAAGUUGUAGGCUCAGCUAUGUUCUACUUGGCCCAAAAGUUGAAAGUUUGUAGACAUAGACUAGUUCAAUGGCAGAAAACUCACAAAGCAAACUCUCGAAAAGAAAUUGAGGACCUUCAAGCUAAACUAGAGGAGUUGCGGGUGGCUGGAAUCAAUGGGGGAGAGGAGGUUACCAGUUUGGAGAAGAAGUUGGAGCUGGCAUAUUUGAAAGAAGAGAGCUAUUGGCAAGAAAAAUCUAGAGUCAAGUGGCUAAAAGAAGGAGAUCAGAACACUAGAUUCUUUCACCAGAAAUUUCAACCAAGGGUGCAAAGGAACAGAAUUUGGAGAUUAGUAGGGAGGGACAAUGAGAUUGCAUCGAAACCGGAGGAUAUUGCAAAGAUAGCUGAAGACUACUUUUGCGAUAUUUUUACUUCUUCUUGUUCGACUGAUCCGAAUCUAUACUUAGAGGAUUUGGAGCCAAAGGUUACAGUUUCCAUGAACCGUAGGCUCCAAAGGCCAGUAACUAUGGACGAGGUCAAAAGAGCUACAUUUAGUGUUCACGCUCAGAGUGCUCCUGGUGAUGACGGGUUUACAGCUAAGUUUUUUCACUUUUUCUGGGAUAUAGUUGGAGGUGACGUUUUUAAGGCAGUAAGAAGUUUCUUUCACAGUGGCAGAAUUCUAAAAAGCUUCAAUCAUACUCAAAUUUGUUUGAUUCCAAAGGUGCCAGAUGCCAAUGACAUGACUCAGAUUAACUGGAUUAAGGAAUUGGUAACGACUGUUUCUUACUCUGUCGUUGUGGAAGGUCAACCUUUUGGCUAUUUUAGGCCAAAUAGGGGCAUCCGACAGGGUGACCCCCUAUCUCCAUAUCUCUUUCUUUUUUGUGUAGAAGGGCUUUCCUUCUUGCUACAUAAGGCAGAGCAAAACAGAUUAAUUCAAGGAGUUCAAGUUAAUCGGAGAUGCCAAACAGUUAAUCACCUUUUGUUUGCUGAUGAUUCAUUCCUUUUUUGCAAAAGCGCACCUAAUACAAGCCAAAGUAUUCUAGAAUUGCUAGAGAUCUAUGAGGGUUUCAGUGGGCAAAAAUUCAAUCUGAAGAAGUCAGCUAUCUUUUUCAGUCACAACACACCGCAGAACACAAGACUAGCAAUUGCUCAGACACUAAAUAUUGAACAUAUCGGAGCACAAGACAAAUACCUGGGACUGCCCUCUAUAGUUCAAAAAUCAAAGAAAGCAACCUUUGAUGCUAUCAAGGAUAAAGUUCAGAAGAGGAUUAUGGGUUGGAAAAGAAGUCUAUUGUCAUCAGGUGGUAGGCACACGCUAUUGAGAGCGGUGGGGGAGGCGAUUCCUAUUUAUACACUCUCUUGUUUCAAGCUCCCGGACACACUGUUGACUGAGAUUCAUAGCAUGCUCUCGCAAUUUUGGUGGGGUCAAAAAGGCGCAGAACGAAGAAUGGUUUGGAUUAAAUGGGACACAAUGACGAGACCGAAGAAAGAUGGCGGACUGGGGAUCAAGGACCUAAGGGCGCAAAAUUUGGCUUUAUUGAGAAAACAAUGUUGGCGUCUAAUGAAAUACCCUAAUUCUACUCUAUCAAGAAUGCUCAAAGCUAAAUAUUUCAGAUAUACAGAUUUCCUACAUGCAGAGAUAGGAAGCGUACCGUCGUGA